AUGCCCUUGAUAGCCACUGGAAUAUUCAUUUCACCGGGCGUACACCAAACACAUAUUCGUCCUUCCUGUCUAAGAGUAAAGAGACUCUCAUCACCCCACAUAACAUCUCCCCAUUUCUCUUUAUUUCCCACUUCCUUCCUUCUUUCCUUCCUUCCUUCCUUUGUAUUUCAAUUCCUUUUUCUUUCCUCUUUUCUUUCUUCCAUCCUUCUCUCCUUAUCACAUGCGUUCUUUUUUCAGUCUUUACUUCUUUUAAAAUUUCUUUUUUUUACUUUUUUACCAGCACGUUUCAAGCUUUCAUAUUUUGUGUUUCUUGUCGUUUUUAUUUUCUCAUUCUCUCCUAUUUUUUUACUUAUAAUUUUUCUUUCUUCUUUUCUUUCUUCUUUUCUGCUUUCUCAUUCGUGUCGCCUUUCUUUUCCUAAUUUCCUUCUUACAAAUUCACUUUCCCCUUUUUCUAUCUUUGUUGUUAACUUAUCUUUUAUUCAAUUUUUAUUAUACAUUUUUCUUUCUUUCUUUCAUUUUUUUCAUUCUUUCUUUCAUUCUUUUUUCAUUUCUUUCUUUCUUUCUUUUUUUCUUAAUUUCUCGUGUCAUUUCUUUCUUUCAAUAAGUAAAUUCUGGCAAUCUCUUUCUUCCUUCCAUUCUUCAUUCCUUAUUUCCUUCAUUAAUUCAAUUAUGACAAAUCUACCUUUUUCUUUCUUUCUUUCUUUCUUUCUUUCUUUCUUUAUCAUGCCAUAUUCUCUCUUUUUCUUCCAUUAA